AUGACGCGCCGAGUCGCAAUCGGUACGGAUCAUCCGGCAUUCGCCAUUCAUGAGAAUCUGAUUCUGUACGUGAAGGAGGCUGGCGACGAGUUUGUGCCUGUGUACUGUGGACCGAAAACGGCGGAGAGUGUCGAUUACCCGGACUUUGCCAGUCGUGUGGCGGAAAUGGUGGCAAGGAAGGAGGUGGAAUUUGGCGUGCUGGCAUGCGGUAGUGGGAUCGGCAUGUCCAUCGCAGCCAACAAAGUUCCCGGGGUGCGGGCUGCCCUCUGCCAUGACCACUACACCGCAGCGAUGUCGCGGAUCCACAACGAUGCGAACAUUGUUUGCGUGGGAGAGCGGACGACUGGUGUGGAGGUCAUUCGGGAAAUCAUCAUUACGUUCUUGCAGACGCCGUUUAGCGGCGAGGAGCGCCAUGUACGACGUAUUGAGAAGAUACGAGCCAUUGAAGCCUCCCACGCCGGGAAAAAAGGGGUACAAUGA